CUCAGAGAGGAAAAAUUCUCCUCCAUAAUAAACAGAGAUUGUUUCUGAGACAAAGGCUUCUGUAAGGAUGUCAUCUGUUGUUCAGGAGGAGGAAGAGCUGCCUGCCAACCACACAGGUCCUAAAGGUGUGAUCAAUGACUGGCGAAGGUUUAAGCUGGACAGUGUGGACCAAAAUGUCCCUCAAAGAAAGCGAGAGCUGCUGAGACAAAUGUCCAAUCCUCGAGAUGACGACAAAGAAAGAGUUAACAGAAAGAUGAGCGUGCAGGAGUAUGAGAUGAUCCAGGACGAGGACGAGCGUUGCCUGAAACGCUACAGGAAACAGUGUAUGCAGGAAAUGCACGAGCGCCUGAGCUUUGGUCCCAAGUUUGAAUGUGUCCACGAGCUUGAGAGCGGAGAAGCUUUCCUGGAGGUGAUAGAGAAGGAGCAUCGGCUAACCCUGGUAGUCGUUAACAUCUACCAGCAAGAUGUCAAAGGCUGUGAGCAGAUGAACUCAUGCUUGGACUGCCUGGCUACAGAGUACCCCACUGUUAAGUUUUGUCGCAUUGAUGCCGUGGCAACAGGAGCUGCGGAGCGCUUCUCCUCUGAGGUCCUUCCCACUUUGCUGGUGUACAAAUCUGGUGAAUUACUGGGUAAUUUCUUGUCUAUUACCAAACACUUCAAUGAAGAGUUCUUCGCGACAGAUGUGGAGGCGUUUCUCAAUGAAUAUGGCCUCUUACCUGAGAAAGAGUUCGCUGCAUGUGCGGACGAGGAAGAUGAUGCUGCGAAUGUGGAGUAAAAAAAAGGGGGAGGCAGAUCAAACUCAUUUUUAUUAAAAGAGUGGGGGAAAAGAGAUUUGAAGAGAGGGGUUGAUGGAUGGAUGGAUGGAUGGAUGAAUGGAUGUUGACAGUGUUUAAGUCAGAACACUCACAAUCAAAAGAGUCAAAGUACAGAAUAGUUAACAUCCAACAGAACAUGCUGGACAGCAGUUGUAUUUAGGGGCAACUAGGAGUAAAUCCUCAAGUGUGGGGCAGCCUGUAUGAAAACACUGCUUUAAAGUCAUAUCAUAGCUCACCAAUAAAUUGUCUUGACCAG